AUGCUUAAUAAAAUAUUGAAUGAUAUUUUGGAAAACUGGGAAAAAAAAGAGUUUAGUUUAUCAAGUUUAUGUUUGUGUUUUCAUCACUUAAAAAAAAAAUUAUCAAAUGUUGAAGAUAAAAAGGAUUUUUUUAUAAAUGAUAUUAAAUAUGCAACUUUCAAAAAACUUUCAAAUUUAAUUGAAGAUCAAAACAUUAAUAAUAAUGAUAAUAAAUAUUUUUAUCUUAUUUUUACAACAUUUAUUUUUAAUUUGGAAUGUGAAUUUAUAGCAGAUAAAAGUUUUUUAUUUAAGCAUAUGGAAUAUUGUUUAAAUGAGUUAGAUAUAUAUAUAAACAAAAAAACAAAACAAAAUGAAAGCAAAAAUAACAAAUUGGAUAUAUUACAUAAAAAAGAUGACAUUAAAGGAAAGAGUAAGAAUAUAUUAAAUAAAGAAAAAGAAGAUAAAAAAAAUGUAAACAUGAAAAACUCAGAUGAAAAUAAGAUAACAGAAGACACAAAUUAUUUAAAUUUUUUUGAAAAAAUAGAUAUACUUAUGAAAAAUGUAAUAGACUUAAAAAUAAAUUCAAAUGAUGAUAAUAAAUUUAUAAAUUAUAAGAUUUAUACUUUUCAUUCCAUCACUAAAUUUAUUUUUUUUUUAUCACAAAAUGAAAAAAUUAGUAAAUUUUUCUUCAAACAUAUUAAAAAUAUAUUAAUUUCUAUUAUUAAUGUAAAUUUGACUACGUUAUAUGAUGAAAAUAUAGUAAAUAUGGCUAAUAAAAUUAUUUUCUUUUUAGUAGAUAUAAAUUUUCAUUUUAUAAAAGAUUACGAAAAAGAAUUUUUUAAUUUUUUAUAUAUUCAAUUAAACAAAAAUGAUUCUAUAGAAAUCAUUAAAGAAAUUUUUGUUUUGUAUCUAAAAAAAAAAAAUAAUAUAAUUUUAAAUAAUGAAAUAUAUAAAGAGAUGAAUAAUUAUGCUAAUGAAAAUAUAAAUUUGUUUUUAAAAUAUGGAUAUAAAGAAAAUUUAUAUUUUUUUCUAAACUCAAUAAAUAUUUUUAAAAAAUUGGUUAAUUUUAGAAUUAGUAAUACAGAUAACAACAUAUAUAUUAUAAAAAGUAUGGAAUAUAUAAAUAUUAAUCUUAGUAUUAAAGAUAUUGUUUUGGGCAUUAAUAAAUUAUUAGAAUACUUAGUAAAUAUAUCUAAGAAUUAUUUAAAUAAUGAAAAGAUGAAUAUUUAUUUAAAUGAUAACAAUUGUAUAUAUGAUAAGAAAGAAAAAAAAAAUAUGUAUAAUAUUGAAAAUAUUUUAAGAACAAUAAAUGAAGAAAAAAAAUAUAUUUAUGUAAAUAACUUUAAUGUUGAUAAAAAUAAUAAUUACAAUACCAAUAACAUUUUUAGAUAUAUAACAGAUAAUAUAUUUGAUUUCUUCAGAGAAAUUAUAGUUCAUUUAGAUUCAGAAAUCAUAAGUAUUAAUGCUAACCAAUUUGUAAAUUUUAUGAAAUUUUUUUUUGUAUGCAAUAAUGAAAAUGAUUUAUUUUUAUCAUAUUUUUUAAAUAACAACAUAUAUAUAUACUCAAAAGAUUUAUUAAAAAAAUGUUUUGCCAUUUUUGAUGAAUUUGUAAAUUAUAUUGUUUACUUAUUUAGAAUUAUUAAUGUAUUAACUCAAAACAAAUUAUUAAUAGAAGAAGACUUAAAAGAAAAUAUAAAGGAAGAGGAUAAGAAAUUAUUUAAUGUAUUAAAUAAAAUUAAGGAAAUUAUUAGAUGUGAUAAUAUUACUGAUAUAUAUUAUAAUCUGUAUAAUAAUAAUGCGAAAGCUCUUUGCUUAUAUCUUAAAUAUUUAGCUCAUUAUACAAAUGAAUCAGUAAAAGAAAAAAUAUUAAUUCAUUAUGAGCAUUUUUUUUUUUAUAUUUUUAAUAGAAGAAAUAAUGCUAAUUUCAAUAUGAUUUUCAAAAAUAACAUAUCUUUUUAUUUAACUUUAAAAAUGUUGUAUACAUUUGUAAAAAUUAAAAAUUGUAAUUUUGAAAAUGUGUACAAUAUAUAUUUUAAACUUAGUAAAUUAGAAAAAGAGCUAAAUAUAAAUGAAGAAUGCUCAUUUUUUUAUAAAAAUAAAAUGUAUAACAAUAUAUGUUUUAUACAAAAAAUAAAAAUGUUUUUGUUAAAAAAUUUAGAUUCAAUUACUUAUGAUAAGAAAAUUUACAUUAAUAAAAAAGAAAAAUUUACAAAAUUAGAAAAGAAAUUAGGAAAAAUUAAUGAAACAGAUAAAAGUCUUUUGAAAAAAAAAAAGGAAAAUAGAAAAUUUAAUGAUGAAAUUAACGUUUAUGACAAAAGAAGAUUUAAAACAACGCAUACGGAUAAUGAAAUAUUGAAUAAAGAAAUUAACUCAGAAAGUGAUGAGAUGAAUGAAUCUUCAUUCGAAAGCAAUGAUGAUGAAGAAAUUUCUGCUGAUACUGAUAAUAGCGAACAUUUAGAAAAAAAAAAUAAAAAUAAAAAUAAAAUUUAUGUGAAUGAAUAUAAAGAAUGUAAUAAUAAGGAAGAUAUUUACAGUGAAAAUGAGGAAAAAAAAAUGAAUAAUGAAAAAGAAAAUAAGAAAGUUAUCACUACAAAUAAAGAAAAAAAAAAUGCAAAAAUUUCAAUACAAAAUAAGUGUAAUAAAAAAAUAAGUAAAGGAAAAAAUAAUAUUACAAUAAAAAAAGAAAGAAAAAUUAAUAAUAAGAAUCUAUUAAAUAAACAAGACAAAAAAGAUGUUACAAUAAAUGGUCAUAUUGUAGAUAACUUAAAAAAUAAUCCUAGUAUUAAAUCAACAAUUGUGAACAAUAUCAAAUUAAAAAAUAAAAAAAGAAAGAAGGAGCAACUUAUAAAUUCUUAUCAAUGUAAUAAUUCAGACAAAAAUACUAUUAACUUAAAUGAGUUAAAAGAUAAUAUAAAAAUAGUAUCGUCCUUUGAUGCUGUAAAUUCUUUAAACUACAUGAAACAAUCAAUUUUAAGUGAAUUAUAA